AUGGUCAAUAUGACAAUAAACGGUGGCAAGAAAAUAAAACGGAGGUCCGCAAAGUUUAGUCAAGAUGCCGCCAAGGUCCCGCUAAUAGUUUUUGGAGCAGGAAUGUUUGGAAAAGAUGGCGUAAAUCUUAAAGGAAACAAAUGCGGUGCUACUGGUGUUCUGUUGAGAGCGAUUAAGAGGAGGGAGAAAGAAGAAUUAACCUCCCAACCUCCAGAACCAAGAAGCCCACAGCCAACAAUCACAACAAAGUGGAAAAGGGUCUUUGAAGAAGGUUUGCAGCUCCUUGAAGAUGAAUAUGUUACAAAGAAGGCUCGAUUGAAUGAAUUGGGCAGUCGAAUCAAGGAAAUCAUGGAGGAACGUCAGGGUAUUUUGGUGGAAAUUGAAGACUUUGAAAAAAAGAAGAAGCUCACGAAAGAAAUCAUCUCUUGA